CGGGAGUAAUGAAAUUCUCGAAAUUAAAACUUCGGUAGAGCGUUUAGGGUUUAGGGUUUUCGAGAAAAAUUACAAGAAUGGGGUUACGAGACGUUGGAGAGACACUUCCACCCGGGUUUAGGUUUUAUCCGAGCGACGAGGAGUUAGUGUGCCAUUAUUUGUACAAAAAGAUCACAAAUGAAGAAGCUUUGAAGGGAACUUUGAUGGAGAUUGACUUGCAUACUUGUGAGCCAUGGCAUCUUCCUGAGGCAGCUAAGUUGAAUGGAAAGGAGUGGUACUUCUUCAGCUUUCGGGAUAGAAAGUAUGCAACGGGACAGAGGGCGAAUCGUGCAACACUAGAAGGAUACUGGAAAGCAACUGGGAAAGAUAGAACGGUGAUGAAUCCAAAGACGGGUCAAGUUAUAGGGAUGAGAAAGACUUUGGUGUUUUAUAGAAAAAGAGCUCCAAAUGGGAUCAAGACGGGUUGGAUUAUGCACGAGUUUCGGAUUCAAACCCCUCAUAUGCCUCCAAAGGAGGACUGGGUUUUGUGUAGAGUCUUUUAUAAAAGCAAGCCAGAUGAGAUCACCACAGGAACAACAAAGAUCCACCAGACGUUCGAUAUGGCGGCACCCGUCCCUAUUUCGUCGUCGUCGUAUUUAGCAAGCAACGUGCAGCUCCCAUCGGUCGAGGACGGCAAUAGGGUGUCAUGGAAGAACAUCAAUAAUGUAGACGAAGAAGCUGGAGGCUUUGAGAUUGAAGAUAGCAUCCAAAAUGGGUUCUUCCCUUAUGAGUAUUUUUUUGAUUGAUGGAUUAAUAGUAUCGUUGUUAUUUUAAGAUUUACUUGUUUAUGUGUAAUAUUUUAAGAUUAAUAGUGUCAAUUAAAUUGAAUUCUACAAAAGAUUCGAUAAAUACGGGGAUGAGUAUGAUCAUUGUUACCGUUCAUCGGCCAUGCUAGGAUUCAGAUAACGAUUUGAAAAUCUAGACA